GUGGGUGUGCUAUCUGCAUCUGCAAAAAAUUAAUUACAAAAUGGCGUCCUUUGGUGAGGAAGAGGCGAAAUUUUUCAGAGAGAAUGGCUACGCUGUAAUAAAAGAUUUCUUAAGCGAGGAUGAAUGUCAGAUGCUAAGAGAAAAAAUGGCCUCGGUUAUAUCAGAAGAAGACUUCUCCCAGCAUCCUGUGAUAACCUUCAGCACUGAAGAACAGAAGCAAAGGCAAAUCCAGGAAGAAUAUUUUCUAACCUCGGGGGAUAAAGUACGCUACUUUUUUGAAGAAGGUGCAGUCGAUAAAGAGAGCGGGAAAGUGUCUGUACCGAUACCUCAGGCUAUUAAUAAAAUAGGUCAUGCUUUGCAUGUUCACGUGGAUGAGUUUAGGAACGUUACGAUGAGCGAGAGAGUUAGGAGUGUCGCUAAAGGCCUUGGGCUAAAGAACCCUGUGAUACCACAAGGAAUGUACAUAUUCAAGCAGCCUCGUAUUGGAGGUGUAGUCACACCUCAUCAGGACUCAACCUUUCUCUACACGACUCCAAACUCUCUCGUUGGGUUUUGGAUCCCUCUUGAAGAUGCCGAGAUUGAAAACAGCUGUCUUUGGUUCGUGCCAAAGAGCCACGACCAAGAGCCGACCAGACGACUCAAGAGGGUGACCAAAAAUGGAGCCUUCACUACUCAAAUCGAGGGAAAAGAUAGAGAGGAGCCUGAAGAGAACUACAAGGCUUGUCCAGUUCCCAAAGGAUCCCUGGUGCUAAUACAUGGGAAUGUUUUGCAUAAAAGCGAGCCGAAUGUUUCAAAUCGCUCGCGUCAUGUCUACACCUUUCAUCUUUAUGAUGCAGGGACAUCAGAAUGGAACAAAGACAAUUGGUUGCAACCAUCUCCUUCUGUCCCUUUUCCUGCUCUCUAUUAAUCUAGGGACCGUGUACCACAUUCAUUAUAUUUGGACCUCAUUUAAGUUAUUUUUGCACGAGUAUAAUAAUUAUUUCUGUUAUUAUUACCAAGUGCUUGAACGAGUUCUUUGUUUUUUGUCCUUAAAGCAACUAACUGA